AAAAAGCAUGGGAAGCCGCCCAACUACGCCAAAAACACAAACAGCCACUGUCGCAGUUCUCUCUCUCUCUCUCUCUCUCCGGUGAAGCUAAACAGUGGCCAUGGCGUCGCUCUCCGCUUCGAUCUCCUGUCGCUCCUCGCCGCUGGUGUCUCCGCAAGCAUUGCUCGGCGAACCAGAGGAGCCGAGGAAGAGGAGCCAUUUCCCUGCGUGUCGUCGCUCUGUUCUCUCUCACCUCCCACGCUCGCCCGCUUGCAGAGUAGGUGUUUUACCGUCUCUGAGAAGAAGAGAUCUAUCAAAGACCAUUCAUGCAUCUGUCACAGAUGUUUCAGUGGAUAUAGCUAUGAAAGAGGUUCAGCUCCCCAAAGGUGAAACAUGGUCAGUUCAUAAAUUUGGUGGGACUUGCGUAGGAAACUCUCAGAGGAUAAAGAAUGUGGCCAAUAUAGUUAUGAAGGAUGAUUCAGAACGGAAAUUAGUGGUUGUCUCUGCAAUGUCAAAGGUGACUGAUAUGAUGUAUGACCUUAUCGAUAAGGCACAGUCACGAGAUGAUACCUAUGUGUUUGCACUAGACAAUGUUUUAGAAAAACAUAGAUCAACGGCACUUGAUCUACUUGAGGGGAACGAUCUUGCAACUUUUCUAUCACAGUUGGAUGGUGACAUCAAUAACCUAAAAGCCAUGCUUCGAGCAAUAUAUAUUGCUGGCCACGCAACAGAAUCUUUCACAGAUUUUGUCGUCGGGCAUGGGGAGCUCUGGUCAGCGCAGCUACUUUCCUUUGUCAUUAAGAAGAACGGGGUCCAUUGCAAAUGGAUGGAUACGAGGGAAGUCCUAAUUGUAUGUCCUACUAAUUCUGAUCAAGUAGAUCCUGAUUUCCCUGAAUCUGAACAAAGACUAGAGAAAUGGUACUCCCAGAAUCCAUCUAAGACCAUAAUUGCCACUGGUUUUAUUGCUAGCACUCCUUAUAAUAUUCCUACAACAUUGAAAAGAGAUGGGAGUGACUUCUCAGCUGCGAUUAUGGGUGCUCUUCUUAGAGCGCGACAGGUCACUAUAUGGACAGACGUUGAUGGUGUUUAUAGCGCUGAUCCAAGAAAAGUUGGUGAGGCUGUGAUACUAAAGACUCUGUCCUAUCAAGAGGCUUGGGAAAUGUCAUACUUCGGGGCUAAUGUUUUACACCCUCGCACCAUAAUCCCAGUGAUGCGGUAUGACAUUCCAAUAGUGAUAAGAAACAUCUUUAAUCUCUCUGCAACUGGAACAAAGAUUUGCCGUCCAUCUGUGAGCGAAGAUGACGAUUCUCACAAACUGGAGUCUUACGUGAAGGGAUUUGCAACAAUAGACAAUCUGGCCCUCGUUAAUGUUGAGGGAACUGGAAUGGCUGGUGUUCCUGGUACUGCCAGUGCCAUAUUUGGUGCUGUGAAGGAUGUAGGAGCCAAUGUCAUCAUGAUAUCUCAGGCUAGCAGUGAGCAUUCUGUUUGUUUUGCUGUUCCUGAGAAGGAAGUUGAGGCGGUCGCUGAGGCUCUACAGUCCAGAUUUCGUCAGGCUCUUCAUGCUGGGCGUCUCUCAAAGGUUCAAGUGAUUCCAAACUGUAGUAUAUUGGCAGCAGUUGGCCAGAAAAUGGCUAGUACCCCGGGAGUCAGUGCCACGCUCUUCAAUGCCCUGGCAAAGGCAAAUAUCAAUGUUCGUGCAAUAGCUCAAGGCUGCUCUGAAUAUAAUAUCACAGUAGUUGUGAUGCGGGAUGAUUGCAUAAGAGCCCUUAGGGCUGUCCACUCAAGGUUCUAUCUUUCAAGGACAACAAUUGCAAUGGGUAUCAUUGGACCUGGAUUAAUAGGCAGCACCUUACUCGAGCAACUGAGGGAUCAGGCAGCUGUUCUUAAGGAAGAAUUCAAUAUUGACUUGCGCGUCAUGGGAAUCACGGGAUCAAGGUCAAUGCUUUUGAGUGAAGCAGGUAUUGACUUAUCUAAAUGGAAAGAGCUCUUAAAGGAGAAAGGGGAAGUGGCUGAUUUGGAGAAAUUUGUUCAGCAUGUGCAUGGAAAUGGCUUUAUUCCCAAUACUGUGCUAGUAGAUUGUACAGCAGAUUCUGUUGUUGCUAGUCAUUACUACAAUUGGUUGCGACGGGGAAUUCAUGUGAUCACCCCGAAUAAAAAGGCGAAUUCUGGGCCACUUGAUCAGUACUUGAAAUUGAGGGCUCUACAACGGCAAUCAUAUACUCAUUACUUUUAUGAAGCUACGGUUGGUGCUGGUCUCCCAAUUGUUAGCACUCUACGAGGUCUUCUGGAAACUGGAGAUAAAAUUCUCCGUAUUGAAGGCAUAUUUAGUGGUACAUUGAGCUAUAUAUUCAACAACUUCACUGGCAAGCGAUCGUUCAGUGAGGUGGUAGCGGAGGCAAAACAGGCAGGUUAUACAGAGCCAGACCCAAGAGAUGACCUCUCUGGGACAGAUGUCCAAAGAAAGGUGAUUAUUCUCGCUAGAGAAUCUGGUCUGAAGCUGGAACUUUCUGAUAUCCCUGUGGACAAUCUUGUCCCAGAACCAUUACGAACUAGUGCAUCAGCUGAGGAGUUCAUGAAGAAGCUACCUCAAUUUGACCAAAAAUGGACCAAGAAGCUAGAGGAAGCCAAGGCUGCUGGAAAAGUACUGAGAUAUGUGGGUGUAGUGGAUUUGUUGAAACAUAGAGGGGCAGUGGAGCAACAGACAUACGAGAAGGAUCACCCGUUCGCUCAACUUUCCGGCACUGACAACAUAAUUGCUUUCACCACUACAAGGUACAGGGAGCAGCCUUUGAUAGUCCGUGGACCAGGUGCCGGGGCUCAGGUCACUGCUGGUGGCAUAUUCAGCGACAUACUUCGGCUCGCCUCUUAUCUCGGCGCCCCAUCUUAGCUGAGU